CCAAAGCAGCCAUGGGAAGCAGUGGAAAUACACAUUGAUCUUUUCCUGCGAGGCCCCUUCAAGUUAGAUAAGUUCCUCUCCAGCCUCCUGACGAAAGUGGAACAGAGCCACGGGGCCCUGCAUCUCUGCUGUAGGAAGUUGCACAUUGAGGAGAUGCCCCUCCACAGUCUUCUGGGGAUCCUGAAGACACUCAGGCUGGAUUUCAUCCAGGAGCUGGAGGUGUUUGACUGGUUUGACUGGUUCUGGGCAUUGUCAGAUCCAAACCUAUCUGCCACACAGCUGGGAAGGAUCUUGAACCUGCGCAGCCUCAAGCUCAUCUACUACAACUGGGCCUUCUCCUCGCGGGGCGAGCGGCCCUCCAGCUACUUCCUCUCCCACCUUACCAGGCUGGGCCACCUCCAGAAGCUGCACCUGUCUUACUCCCACCUCUCAGGCAAUCUACAUUACGUGCUCAGCUGUCUGUGGGUCCCACUGCAUUCCCUGGAGAUCUGCUACUGCAGGCUUCUGGACACUGACAUCACCUACUUGUCCCAGAGCCCUCAUACCACCUGCCUGAAGAAGCUGGAUCUGAGUGGCAACAACCUGUCCUACGUGGUCCCUAGGCCCUUGGGGACCCUGCUGAGGGAGGUCUCAGGGACACUGCGACACCUAGACCUGAACCACUGCUGGCUGAAGGAUGCCCACCUCAGUGCCCUCCUGCCCACCCUGUGCCGCUGCUCCCACCUCAGUUCCCUGAGCCUCUCCGACAACCCCGUCUCCAGUGCCUGCAUCCUGAGCCUGCUGGAGCACAUGACAGGGCUGAUGGAGCUGAAGCAGGUAGUCUAUCCCAUCCCAGUUGACUGCUGCAUGUACCUGCAUGGCCUCUCCUGGGGUCCCGUGGACAAGGACAAGCUGUGCCAGUUGCAGGCUGAGAUACAGAAGCAGCUGCAAGCCAUGCAGCGGGCUGACAUGCAAUGGAGCCCCGCUGCCCUUGCUUAUGCAGCUGGUGCAGUUUGA